AUGGGAAAAGAACGGAAGCCAAACAUCACCAAAGGAAGUUGGGUAGAAGAACGAAAGAAGCCCAAGCGCCAUGGGAAGGUCCUCAAGGCGGACAGAGUCGACGGUUCGAAGCACCACUGGCUUGUGGAAUUUGAACAACCUGAUGGGUCGAAAAAGCAAGAAGUGAAAUCAUCAGCCCAAUUAUCUCGAUCUGAUCUCCAAGGUCCCUCCGUACAAGAAGCAAAUGAACGGCCAGAGGAACCAACAGAGGCACCAACAGAGGCACCAGUGGUUUUGGAGGAAACAGCUUUGGAAUCCAAUGACAUCCCGCCUAAUUCUCCUUCCACUUUGGAGACACCAGCCAGACCCAAGAGAAAGGCAGCAAUCAAUCACAAAGUUAUCAACACACCAAAACCAACCCGUUUGGCUUCCUCCUCCAGCGAUUCUUCGGUUGGAACGUCCAGUUCGUCCUCGUCCGAAAAUGACAGCGACAGAGACAGCGACAGCGACAACAACGAUGAGGACAGUGGCGGUCAAAAGCCAGCAUAUAAUUGGCAGCAACAUCUUCAGAAGGCCCAUCGACGCCCUCCAAAAUCCGAUUCCGAGUCAGAGUCGAGCGAUGACAGUGAUUCAAAGGAAUACGAGGAUGAGCCAGACGACGAUUUCCCUUUAGCCGACGAUGAGACUGAAGCCGACGACGAGCGUGAGUCUUCGGAUGAUGAAGUGCAAGCUUCCACCCCAGCGCCAGCGCCAGCGCCAGCACCAGCUGUGGCCACAGAUGAUGCCAGCGUUCCCUCGAUUCCUGGCAUGUGCUUCCCCAAUGACCCGUACGAGGAUGUUGAGCCAUCAGAUGAACGAGACUUCGAAAAAGAAGAAGAGCAUCGGUUGAAAAUGGAGAUCUACAAGGCGGAGAAGAAAGCUCUGCUCGACGAGGAGUGGUCGGUUGACAAGCAACCUGAGAAGCCUCCUCUCCAAAUCGGCUCAAUCGUUGAGACGAGAGGGAAGAAUGCAAAGCGUGGCAAGAUCGUUGAUCAAAAGCCGGACAAAAGCAAAUGGAUUGUCCGAUUUAACAACAGCCAACGUCUUGUGGAGAAAUCCAGUCAGAUGCUGGUCCAAGUGUGGGAAGUACCGUCAUACACUUGGAAGAUUGUAGAGGAUUCGGAGCCGGAUGAUGAAACAGAGAUUCAAGAGUAUGACGUUGUUGGACUCUGUGGCUUUGAUUUCAAACAGUUCUCCGAUGAAGUUGUCGAAGAAACCAUUGAUACCGCGGAUUAUGCAUACCCGUACCUGAAGCUAUUACAGACCUUGUGGCCUGGUGACGUGAAGCGCCAGCUGGAGAUGAUAAACAAGCAAGUUGAUGUUGAGAAUGAAGAACGAAAGAAGAAGAAAGCGAAGCAACUGAUCAACCCUGUGACGAUGCAUGACUUUUGGAAAUUCAUUGGUGUCCUCAUUUCGGCUGGAGCUUUUCGACUCGGUGGGCAACAGCUUUGGGAGAGGGAAAAGCAUCGUCUGUCUUUCCAUUUGCUUUCCAAGACUUGA